AUGUUUAUCAGGAAGAUAUGUUUUGACAUAAUCAAAUGGAGUUCUGAUGUUAAUCGCGUUUCUCAUUCAGCUGCUGAAGUCAUAAAAGGAUUCUCAAUCACAUCGGAUAAUUAUCAAGCUGCUUACAAUGAAUUAGUCAAACAAUAUGAGAAUAAUGCAUUAACCAUUCAAGUGCAUAUUCGAGCAUUAUUGAACUCCCCAAAGGUGCAUACUAAUUCUGCUGCUGAAUUGAAAAAAUUACAUUACCACAUUAAYUCCCACGUACGAUCUCUCACGGCUCUGAAGCAGCCUGUGAUCCACUGGGAUGCCUGGUUGAUAACAAUUAUCUGUUGUCAUCUAGACUCUACUACAGCUGGCGAGUGGCAGUUAUUACAGGCAAGUAAGGAGCUCCUAUCCAAGCGCAUAGCUGCUUAUGAARWGGGUUGCAUUUCAUCGAAAUCUGAUCAAAAACAAACCAGUGGAAGACAAACUAACUAUGUAACCAAAAAACAUGAUGCCAAGGCAUUUUUUGCAAAAAAAUUUGAAGCUCAUUCUAAAAAGUGUGUGUUAUGUGCAGCGCCACAUAAAGUUUAUGCCUGCAACCAAUUCAAMCAACUGUCAGUGCCUGAGCGCAGGGAUGYUGUAUCUAAAUUCAAACUGUGUUUUAACUGUUUGAAUGUUGGACAUCAAUUUGAAACUUGUUAUUACCCUGGAUGUCCAAGGUGCGGAAWGAAACAUAAUUCAAAACUUCAUGUUGACCCAAACUGA